AUGACGUCAGGUUGUGUUUUGACGUGGAGUGUCGCUGCAACCUGAGAGGCAUAAAAAGGAAAUAAGGACAAGGGUUGUUGUCCCACAUUACACAGACUAAUAUCCAUCAUGGCAUUGAGAAGCGCUGUGUGCCGUCUCCUGGUCAACCCACGGAGAUGUGCCAUCAUCUCAGCCUCCAGAACACAGGGAACUGCAGCACCUGCCAGAUGGGAUGCAGAGAAGACUGAGCAGAAGUCCAAAGCACCUAAGGUUCAGUUCAACUGGCGUGAUGCUCUGGACCUGGAGGGCCAGCUGACGGAGGAGGAGAUCAUGAUCAGGGACUCCUUUCGGACCUACUGCCAAGAGAAACUUAUGCCUCGCAUCCUGAUGGCAAACAGAGAUGAAGUAUUCCACAGGGAAAUUGUGUCAGAGAUGGGAGAGAUGGGUGUCCUGGGCCCAACCAUCAAAGGUUAUGGCUGUGCUGGGACAAGCUAUGUGGCCUAUGGUUUGAUUGCGAGAGAAGUGGAGAGAGUGGACAGCGGCUAUCGCUCAGUCAUGAGUGUGCAGUCGUCACUGGUCAUGCAUCCCAUUUACGCCUAUGGCACAGAGGAGCAGAAAGAGAAGUACCUCCCCAAGCUGGCUCGCGGAGAGAUCCUGGGCUGCUUUGGCUUGACGGAGCCUAACCAUGGCAGUGACCCCAGCAGCAUGGAGACCAGAGCCAAAUACAAUCCGUCCAGUCGCACCUAUAGUCUCACCGGCUCAAAGACCUGGAUCACCAACUCCCCAGUGGCGGACAUUGCUGUGGUAUGGGCCAAAUGUGAUGACGGGAAGGUCCGUGGCUUCAUCUUGGAGCGUGGCAUGAAGGGCCUCUCUACACCUAAGAUCGAGGGAAAGUUCUCCCUGAGAGCCUCUGCCACUGGUAUGAUCCUCAUGGACGAGGUUGAGGUUCCCGAGGAGAAUCUGCUGCCUAAAGUCUCCGGCCUCGGGGGUCCUUUUGGCUGCUUGAACAAUGCCCGUUAUGGCAUUGCGUGGGGUGCUUUGGGUGCUGCAGAAUUCUGUUUCCACGCAGCUCGUCAGUACACACUCGACAGAAUCCAGUUUGGCGUGCCACUGGCGAGGAAUCAGCUGAUGCAGAAGAAAAUGGCCGACAUGCUGACAGAGAUAACCAUUGGCCUGCAGUCGUGUGUGCAGCUAGGAAGACUCAUCAAUGAGAAAAAAGCGGCCCCUGAGAUGAUAUCCAUGCUCAAGAGGAACAGCUGUGGUAAAGCCCUGGACAUUGCCAGGCAGGCCAGAGACAUGCUGGGAGGAAAUGGCAUCUCAGACGAAUACCACAUCAUCCGCCAUGUCAUGAACCUGGAGGCUGUCAACACAUACGAAGGUACUCAUGAUAUUCACGCUCUGAUCCUGGGCAGAGCCAUCACAGGACUGCAGUCCUUCACUGUGGACAAAUAGAUGGGACGUCUCAGCAGACACAGCCAGACUCUGUCAGAAAUGCAACUCACAUGUCAACUCUGUAAUAAGGCACAAGCAGUUUCCAGAUAGUUUGGAUGAAGUGUCAUCUGUAUAAAGGCAAUGUUUGUGUUCUUUCAGGUUUGUAGAAUAUAUAUUGAGUGAUUAUUUUGAGAGAAAGAACAAGUCAAGCUUGUCACCAAACUUGUGAACUGUUGUGAAGUGUAAUUAAUUCAAGUCGAUUUUCGAACUUAAAGAGGGCUAUUUUUCUACUCGCAGUCACAACAGUGUGGUUUCUUUUUCAGCUCCCUGUUCACAGUUGUACAGAAAAAGUUUUAAAAAAUUGUAUAGACUGUCAUUACCAUUCACUGUAGCAAAGUAUGAGUAAUUUGAAUGAGGUCAAGAUCCAGGUUUGCUGAUGGUUACUGAUGUAUGCAAAGUUAAUACUGUAAUUCUACAGCAACAAAGCAUAAAUUCCCACCACUGAUUUGGAAUUGCUUGUGAAGCUUUUCUGUUUUAAAUCUGACCCAAUUAUACAAAUGUUGUCACUGUAUAAUUCAUGCAUCUUACAGCUUUUAUCAUUAGGUACACCAUGGUGAUUACUCGUAGCACUUUACUACUACUACUUUACUACUAACACUAAGAUGUUGUAACUUUGCAUGGUUUGCCAGAGGUCGAAGAUGUUGAUUAGAGCUUUGAAUAAAUAAAAGUUAUUUAAAUGUU